CAUCCGGAGUCGCACCGUGGCGGAGCAAAGGAAGUAACGCGGCUGCGGCGGCGGCCUGGCGAGAGCGGCGCAGGCCGUGGGGAGCAAAGACCGGGCUGCUUGGCGGCCCGAACGGCGGAGUGGGGGAGCAGCCAUGUUGGCAGCGAGGGGGAUAAAGUGACUCUGUUGCGCCGGGAAGGGAAACCACCGGAGGCCCCCCCCGCCCUCGGCACCAGGGCAGAACAGGAAGCGGCUCUUGGGGCGGCGGCACGGGAAGGCAGGGGGCUCGCCUGCAGCAGCGUGCGAGGCAGGAGGGAAGGGAGCGCAGGGAAGACCCGCCCCAGCGCCGGAACGGCAGAGACCAGGCGCCGCCGCCGCCGCCGCCGGCUUCCUUGAGCCAGACAUAUUGCUGAUAGAAUGAAAAAAUUCAAGAGGAGACUUUCCUUAACGUUACGUGGGAGCCAGACUAUUGAUGAGUCACUCUCUGAACUGGCUGAGCAAAUGACAAUUGAAGAAAACAGUAGCAAAGAUAACGAGCCUAUUGUGAAGAAUGGCAGACCUCCAACAUCUCACAGCAUGCACUCAUUCCUGCACCAGUACACGGGAUCCUUCAAAAAGCCUCCAUUGCGACGACCACACAGUGUUAUAGGUGGCAGCCUUGGUUCAUUUAUGGCAAUGCCAAGGAAUGGGAGCAGACUAGACAUUGUACAUGAAAAUCUGAAAAUGGGAUCAGAUGGUGAAAGUGAUCAAGCUUCUGGAACAUCAUCCGAUGAAGUCCAGUCACCUACAGGUGUUUGCCUCAGAAACCGGAUACACAGGCGGAUUUCCAUGGAGGACCUGAACAAACGUUUGUCCCUACCUGCAGACAUCAGAAUACCUGAUGGAUACCUUGAAAAACUGCAGAUAAACAGUCCACCAUUUGACCAGCCAAUGAGCCGACGAUCUCGUAGAGCAUCAUUGUCAGAGAUUGGAUUUGGAAAAAUGGAAACCUAUAUCAAAUUGGAAAAGCUUGGUGAGGGCACCUAUGCAACAGUAUAUAAGGGAAGAAGCAAGCUGACAGAAAACUUGGUAGCUUUAAAAGAAAUCAGGUUAGAACAUGAAGAGGGGGCCCCAUGCACAGCCAUUAGAGAAGUGUCAUUGUUAAAAGAUCUAAAACAUGCAAAUAUUGUUACAUUACAUGAUAUUGUUCAUACAGACAAAUCCUUAACCCUGGUCUUUGAGUAUCUGGACAAAGAUUUAAAGCAGUAUAUGGAUGACUGUGGGAACAUCAUGAGUAUGCACAACGUAAAGUUGUUUUUAUACCAGAUUCUGCGUGGUUUGGCAUACUGUCAUAGAAGAAAAGUUCUACACCGAGACCUAAAACCACAAAAUCUUCUCAUUAAUGAAAGAGGAGAAUUGAAACUAGCUGACUUUGGCUUGGCUAGAGCAAAAUCUGUCCCUACUAAGACCUAUUCUAAUGAAGUUGUCACACUGUGGUAUAGGCCACCUGAUGUUCUCCUUGGAUCUUCAGAAUAUUCAACACAAAUUGACAUGUGGGGUGUUGGAUGUAUAUUCUUCGAAAUGGCAUCUGGCAGACCUCUCUUUCCUGGAUCAACUGUUGAAGAUGAAUUGCACUUAAUUUUCAGACUUCUGGGAACUCCGUCACAAGAAACGUGGCCAGGCAUUACUUCCAGUGAUGAGUUUAGGAACUACAACUUUCCUAAAUACAAGCCACAGCCUUUAAUCAACCAUGCUCCAAGGCUUGACUCAGAAGGCAUUGAAUUAAUAAUAAAAUUUCUUCAAUAUGAAUCAAAGAGAAGAAUUUCGGCAGAAGAAGCCAUGAAGCAUGCCUAUUUUAGAAGUCUUGGAACAAGGAUACAUACUCUACCAGAAAGUGUGUCCAUAUUCACUUUAAAAGAAAUUCAACUUCAGAAAGAUCCUGGCUUUCGAAAUUCCACUUAUCCAGAGACAGGACAUGGGAAGAACAGAAGGCAAAGCAUGCUUUUCUGAGGCUGGCAAUGCUGUGUCAAGCCCAAGACUGUCUUACAUCCAUCAAGGACUCUAGUCUGAAGGCAGUUCCUUCCUUGGUGGACUUGAACUCUGUUUGUCUACACUGUCCUCCUUGCAGUGCAGUCUUUUUAUUUCAGACCUGCUGGUUAUGUUUUUAUAUUUGUUGUCACAGUGUGACAAAUUUUUGUACAGUCAAUUUUAAGGUCUCCUCUGCCGUUAGAGCCAGUAGGUUACAACUGUUAAUGUAACAGUAGCUGCAAUUUUUGUGCAGGACUGAGAAACACAGUGCAUUAUUUAUUGCGGAAUCAUUGCUGCUAAAUAACUACUGUCUGUAUAGUUAACAAACAAUUGAAUGCCUGCAGAAGUUGCAAUGGCUUUAUAUAAUAUGUGAAUGCAUCUGUUUCUCUUCAUGAAUUAUUGCUGCAGUUUUAUAUCUUCUUUUUAACUGCAAUGUUUCUUGGAAUGCAAACAUAGCUUUCUGGACUGUUAAAUAGGUACAUUUGUCUUUAAUGCUCCUAAGUUCUUGGCCCAUAAAUUUCUUAUGUUAACAUUAGAUGAAAAGUAACUAAAAUACUGCAAAAUACUUUUUAAAGCUUUUAGAACAUGGUUUUAUUCACACAGGUGAAAAAUGGUUCCUCUGUUACAUGCAAUCAGGUUCCAUGUCCAUUCCUGCGGAUUUGCUUACGAAUGUCAUCAGAGUUUGCUCUCAUGGCAGAAAACAUGUGCAUGUGACUCUUAAUGCAGCUGCCACCCUUCUAUAUCUUUUUCUAACCUAAACACUUUGAAGAACAUUUUGUAUGCAUUCUUUCCUGGGUUGAUUUGGAAGUGUAUUUUCCCUGAUGUUCCAAUGACUUAAAACAAAAAUGCAGGAGCAGUGUGGCUUUGUCUCUUUCUACUCACCCCACACGCGUUGCUUUCAUGGCUGUUCUGUGACUAUAUAUUCCCUGGAAAUCCACUGGAAGAGCGCAAGUGCAUAGCAGGGAAGAUAUCACUCCAUACUGCAGUCUUUGUAAAGCAUGAGAACUUAGAGGGUUUUAAAGAUUUUAGAUGUUAUCUGUUUAUUGGAGCUAGUCAACAUGUUACUACUAAGCUUAUGCAUCUCAGUGAGUAUCAUAAGUACCUCUUGGUGAUAGUAACAGUAUUUUUAAGCAUUUGUGUUCGCCUUUCUGAACCUAUUUGUUUAGUGCAUCUUCAAGAGGCUGUAAAUCAUUAUUGGUAUAUUUUCAAAUGGUUAUGUAAAUCUUUGGCUGGUAUAUCAUGAAAAAUAGUCAUAGAUAACUUAAUUUUUUCCUGAUGUUCACUGUAAAACAUUCAGGGGUCCUACCAUUUCUGUUCAGGAAAUUUUGUAGUUUAUUAUUGUUAUUUAACAGUAUUAAGUGAAAAAAAUGUAUGUUUCUUUAAUUUUAUUUGUGAAUAGUGAUUGUGGCAUGUUUUGGGAUGUUUUAUUAAUAUUUCAUGAUACUAGUAAAUUGAAUUUUGGAACUUUUUUAUUAUUAUUUUCCGGAAGAUAUGACAAAUUUGUGUGUAAUGGUGACUAUUGGACCACUGCUGCUUUUCAACAUUUGUAAGCUGGUUUUACGUUAAUGAAGCCCUGUAGAGCUAACAAACUGCUGUUAUUUCUAACUGAUGGACCUGUAUUAAUAUUGUACUUUUGAAAGUAUAAAUAUUAUAUGGAAA